UUUGGUGUAAACAAUAUGGCAGAUGAAGUUGUAGGUAAAAGAGUGAUCUGCGAGGGAUUUCGCGGAGUAAUAAAAUAUGUCGGGGAAGUUCCUCCUACCUCAGGUGAGUGGUAUGGUAUUGAAUGGGAUGAUCCGGAUAGAGGCAAACAUGAUGGAACACAUGAAGGGGUGAAAUAUUUUGAAUGCAGGCAUCCAAAGAGUGGCUCCUUUGUCAGACCAAAGAAAGUAGACUUUGGUAUCAGCAUCAUAGAUGCUCUAAAGGAACAGUAUGGGCUGGGUGGGAAUGGAAUCAACCCAGAGGACAUGUAUGUCAUAAGCGGUAAGAACAAGAAAAAGCCUGUAGAGAUGGUUGGCGCAGAUUCUAUUCAGGAAAAACAAAGCAACUACAAGGAACUAACAGUGGUUAGUCUACGAGGAAUGGAAGUUAGUGGACCAGAUAAAGAGAGUGAAUUUUACACAAUAGCACCACUUGUAUCCGAGUUUGACCUGUCUGGUACUCUUAUAUCAUCAUGGAGUGAUGUUGCUUUAAUAACAAAAAAUUUACACCAACUACAGACAAUUCAUCUUAAUGAAAAUUUUCUAAAAUUACCUCAAAACCCUGAACAGCUGAUGCCAUCAUUUAGCACAGUAUCAGUCAUGUUUCUCAACAGAAUGAGGCUUCAAUGGAAUGAGGUAGAAGUUAUUGUAAGCAUGAUGCCCUCACUUAAAGAGCUUCAUGCUUGUCACAACUGCUUGAACAAUCUGAGGGAAAAAGAUGGUCAACUUACUCAGCUGCAAGCACUCCAGAAUAUAGAACUUCUCAACCUAGAGGGAAACAGGCUAUCAGAUUGGAAAAUGAUUUUGAGACUAGGGCAUUUACCAAGACUGAAAUGUCUUAUUUUAAAUGACAAUGGCAUAAAGAGUGUUGAAUUGGGAAACAAGGUCCAAGACAGGACAGAUGGUGUUCCUCUAUUCUCAUCAUUGGAAUCUCUCUCCCUAAGCAACAACAUAAUUACUGAGCUACAAAGUAUCAACGAGUUGAAUCACCUUCCUUCAUUGAAUGGUUUACGCUUCAAAGGGAAUCCUCUCUUUCAAGAUGAAACCACGUUUGAAAGUCGUCAAGAACUGCUGGCACGUGUUCCUUCACUAACAUCCCUCAAUGGAAGCCCGGUGAAUUCUAAAGAAAGAGAAAUAGCAGAGCGAGCGUAUUUGAAGAAAUACGCUACUUCAUGGGUUAACGCCGGUGGAAUGCCUGGGAAAGGAGAGAAAAGUGUGCUAAAACCUGAAUUUAUCGAAGCUCACCCUAGAUAUGAAGAACUCGUUAAAGUUCACGGUGUUCCUUCUGAAGCUGAAAGAAACAAUUCCUCGUCAAAGACUCUGAAAGACUCUUUAAUUUCUGUGACAAUUACAUGCCCUGAUGCCCCUGAUAAAAAGUCUGUCACAAAGAAAUUACCUGGAACUAUGACAAUCGGAAAAGUCAAAGGAUUACUUUAUCGAUUGUUCAAGGUGGAUAGCUCUGAUCAGAAGUUGUCUUCGGUAGACAGCAAACUGGGUCGGGAGGUGGAUUUAGAUGAUGACCUCCGACAACUUACGUUUUAUUCUGUGCAAAGUGGAGACACUAUCUAUCUUCGGUGGUGAUUAUUACGCGAUGACAAGUUUCAGAUGAAAGCUACUGUUACGACCUCGACCAAAGUAUGCAUAGCUUUCUUACACGAACCAGUUAGGAUUGACUUUUCAGCGCUCCCCCUCCCUUAUCCACUCCCUCUUUUCCCUUCCAUCCUUGGAGGUUGUUAAAAUUGAGCAAGUCUGUUCGUUGUUACUCCGAACUGCUAAAAGAGAUGGCAAAUCUGUUAGUUAAUUCAAUAUUAAUAACUCACUAAAGUAAUGUUUAGUUAUUGUGGGAGUCAGUCAAGAAACGGUGCCGAAAUGACGCUGUCUUGAAAAGCUUGUGAGGUGAUUUAAUGAAAGCAACACAGCAGUUGGCUUUUAAGUAGUCUAUGCCCUGUCACAUCCAUGUCACCCUUAAAUUAGUCUUGUGUAUAAGGUCUAUCUGCCUCCUAGAAGGCACCUAAAUGUUUUCCUUUAAGAAUUUAAUUUACAUUGAAUGUGCUUCAAUUUCGUUAUCCAUUAAAUCUACUCUAACACCACUAUCAUCUCUCUUUUGAUAAUGAAAAAAUACUCGAUUAGUUCCUUCUGAAUAAACCUUUCUGUAUGUUCCGAGGAUCAGGGCGAUUCGGUGCCUUUUUCGCAAACAAAUUAUUUUUCCAUUUUUUUUCCAUCAUUGGCUUGAGUGCAUAACAACGCAAUUUUAGCCAGUGUCCUUGUCGGUUGGUUUGCGUUCUUCCCAGUCUGUAAAGACCACAGGAGACCCAUCAUUCUACUGGGUGAAAGAAACAUUGUUCGAAUCUCGUUGAAGUCCAGGUCAUGUUUUCUUUGAAGAUGAUAACACAGCAGAAGUGACAAAGUCUUGUUCAGAAGCAGAUUUUAGUGUGACUAGGUGAGCGCCAACCGAUUAACACUGUUCGUAAGCAGCUUGCCUCUUCACCUUUGAUGGAAAAACCUUGUAACAGGAACCAGAAAAGUGCAUCCAGCCAUCAGUUAGGCUACAAGGCUCAGCUAACGAAGAGUAAAACAAUUAAUUUUGGGGGGAUCAAGAAAAGGUCUCCAGAUUAAGGAAGAAAAUAUGGAGCGAAUCCCAUAGUUUUUUAAAGUGGCCACAAUUGUUUUUUAGAAAUUCAUGACCCUGUUACGUUUUGAGGGGGCUCAGAUACGGAGGGGUUAUUGAUGAGGUAUAAACACUUAAAGCAAACAGAGGGUGGUGUUUGUCAAGGUUUGCCACUGCUGCGGUAUUAACUGGACACUUUUCGUCACUUUUGUCUUAUCACAAGCAGUUGUAUGGUGGUAGUACCAAUACCGCUGAGCGCAAGUAUUGUAAAUGGUUCUGUGUUGUAUGGGAUAGCCUGAAGGUAAUUAAAAAAACGAUUAACUUGUGCUGUCAAGGUGACCUCCUAAUAAAUGUCAGCCGACAGUUAUGUUGAA